CUAAUCUUCACAUGAUGCUGUUCGUUAAUAUCACUAAUUAACAAAUGAAUAAUUUACUCCGAAAUGCUUAUCACUUAGGCUUCAGUACCUAUAUAAAUUCUGAAAGGAAUGUUAUAAUCAUAUCAUUCACUAUCUUGGUAGAUUGUUCGAGUCACCCUUUAUAAGGUUUCAACAUGAAAGUUUUGUUUAUCUUCGCCUUCAUCGUAAUUCUUGCUACAAGCGCCAAAACUGUAUUUGGUGACUGCUUAUCAGGUCGAUUUGGAGGCCCAUGUGCUGUAUGGGAUAACGAAACUUGCCGUAGAGUAUGUCAAGAAGAAGGGAGACCCAGUGGUCACUGCAGUCCUAGUUUGAAAUGUUGGUGCGAGGGUUGUUAAUAAUCUAGAUCAACGGGAAUCUUCUCGUUUAUUAUAAACAAGACUUAUAUAUAAAUAAAGUUACUUGUAAAAA